AUGUGUUUACUUGAUGUUUUACUUCUGAGAAGACACGGGUUUAGCUCUGGUUUUGUAUUCAAUAAAUUAUUGGAUUACGUACAAAAAAUAAGUGCAUAUGUCUAGCGGUUGCGUGAAUGCGAAACGGAAUGGAAAGUUUAACUUCAAUAAAAUUGGAAGAUUCCGCUGCGAUAAAGGUUGAAGAGCUUGUUAUAAACGAUGUCUUUGAUGUAAAGGGUGAAUCAAUCGAAAUUAGCGAACGUUCCUGGGAAACUAUACCGACGACGACCUCCGGAGAUGGUACACCAGUUGUGAAACAAGCGUCCGCUGCAUUAGGCAUCGUUGAUGAAGUAACUGAAACGGCUCCUACUACUGCAGCGGCUGAUAAACACGAUAACACGGAUAGUUUUAGCAACUCGCGCGCUUUGGAAGUGUACUCUCCUGCUGGCAGUGGUAGUCAACCGAAAUACAGUUGCGACAUCUGUGGAGCAUCCUACAAGUCACGUGGUGGUUUAUACCAGCACAAGCAAAUCCACACAUCCACAUCCGGUGAUCCAAAACCUCACAAAUGUGACCAGUGUAGUUCCCAAUUCGUUUAUAAGCGUAGUCUCAGUGCUCACAAAAAGAAACAUCUGCCGUCAUGUUCCAAAAUGCAGAAGAAAAACCAGGAUAAGAACACAUCCGGCAAACCGCUGUACAAAUGUGAGAUAUGCAGUAAAACUUACAUGUCAAAUCGAACACUGCAGGAACACCGUAUUAUAAAACACAGCUCGGAGCAAAUUUCUUAUAAAUGCGAUAUCUGCGGCAAUGGAUACAACAGAAAAGGAAAUCUUGCGAUACACAUGAAAAUUCACACCAUGACGACACAAUCUGCAGAAUGUGACAUAUGUGGUCAAAUUUGUUCCCCCACAUCACUACGGCAGCAUAAAAUUAUAAAACACACGUCGGAAAAAAAUUUCGUGUGUAAAGUUUGCGGUAAACAUUUCCAUUUAAAACAUAUGCUUUCGAGCCAUCUGCAGUGGCACAGCUCGGAACGGCCGCACCGGUGUCCGAUUUGUGGAAAAGAUUUUCUAUUUCAAUAUCGGCUCGCGGGGCAUAUGUUUAUUCAUAGCGAUGAGCGAGCCUUCGAAUGUGACAUCUGCAACGCAUCCUUUAAGACACCCGGUGCCUUGCAGAAACACCGAAAACAUCACAUAUCCGAUGACUGGAAAUACGCUUGUGAUAUCUGUGAUCGAAAAUUCCCCAUUAAUUAUGCUCUCACGGUACACUUAAGAACUCACACCGGAGAGCGACCGUUCGAAUGUGACAUAUGUCACAGAACUUUCACUAGACGCGGAGACCUUAAUUAUCAUAAGAUCAAAAACCAAAAGAAUUUUAAAUGUCGAGAAUGUAAUAAAAGUUUUCAUUUGGUAGCUCAAUUAACCCAGCAUCUGAAAAUGCAUGACGCCAAAAGUGCAUUGCUGUACCUAGCGGUCACGAGAAUGCGAAACGAAAUGGAAAAUUCAACUUCAAUAAAGUUGGAAGAAUCCACUGCGAUAAAGGUUGAAGAGUUUAUUAUAAGCGAUAUCUUAGAUGUAAAGGAUGAGCCAAUCGAAACUACCGGAUACUCCUGUGAAAAUAAACUAACGGCGACCGCCAGUGAUGAUACUCCAGUUGUGAAACAAGCAACUGCUGCCAUACGUAUUGAUGAAGGGACAGAAACGUCCCCUGCUGCAGCAGCUGAUGAAGACGAUAGAAUUGGUAGUUCCAGGUAA